UGCCAGUCCGCGGACGACACGCCGGGAACACGUAGCUUGACCCGAGCUGCGCUGUUCAUCGCACGCUCCGAGGCUAGUAAGAUAAUCCAACGAUCUCCACACGCGGCGCGCCAUGGCGAGCCGAGCAGCAGAGCGCGCCACGCAUGCCACCCACCCGUCGCCUUAAGCCGCCCUCCGCCUCCUGCGCCGCACCGGAGACACUUCACUCACUCGCCAGUCUGCCGAAAUCAACAGACAACGCCGCCACAGCGCACUCGAUCGAUCUCUGCUCAUGUCCGGCGGCGUGGGCCCGACGGCGGGAGGCGGCAUCACGCUGCCGUCGAUGGGGCAGCCGCCGCCGCCGCUGCACCCGACGCCGACCUCGCCCACGGCGCGCCCGCACCACCACUACUACCUCUUCUCCAUCAAGCAGCUCAACACGCUGGGCGCCGCGGCCGUGCUCGCCUUCUCCACCACCGUCCCGCUCCCGGACAUCGCCUUCGCGGUCCUGCUCGUCCCCUACCUCGUCCUCCUCGCCGCGCUCGCCUUCCCGCAGCGCCCGGGGAAGCCCGACCCGGCCGCGCCCGUCUUCGCCGGCGCCGGCCGCGUCCUCCUCGGCGCGCACACCGCGGCCGGCUUCCUCGUCGGCGCCGCGCUCCCGGCGCUCUACAUCCUCGACGGCCUCCGGUCCGGGGACACCACGGGCGUCGCCAGCGCGGCCCCGCACGCGUUCCUCCUCGCCGCGCAGGUCUUCACCGAGGGCCUCACGGCGGCCUGGCCGUGGCGCUUCUCGCUCCCCGUCAGGGCCGCCGUCCCGGUCAUGUACAGCGCGCGCCGGAUGUUCGCGGCCGGGGAGUGGCUGCGGCAGGAGAUGGAGGAGAAGCGCGGGGGGCCGGGUGUGGACCCGCGCCGGCUCGUGGCCGGGAGGGUGCUCGCCGUCGCCAACCUCGCCUUCUGGGGCGCCAACCUGUUCGCCUUCCUCCUGCCCUUGUACCUGCCCAGGGCGCUCCAGAGGUACUACUGCGGCAGCGCCGACGACGGCACCCGCGGCAGCAGCGACGGCAACGGCGAGGAGAAGAAGGAUUCCUAGAGGAGAUAUCGAUGCUCCGCUCCAGUGAUGGCGGCUUUUGCUCUGUUGCUCGUUUCAGUAGUUUGUCACUUGAUCCCUUCCUCAACAUUUUAGCCAUGUAAAAUUUUCUCACUACUUGAUGUAUGCACAUUACUUGCGUACGCACGUUUGUCAUGGGAUCUUCCAGUUUAAAUUCCAGUUGAAA